AUGGCGGCAACAGUAACGACGCGACGGGCGACGCUGUCGGACACACCUAUCCUGCUGCGGGUCAUCGAGUGGGCAUACCGUGGUGGCGCGCCUGUCAGCGGCUGGACCGGCGAGGAGCACCUGGUCUCCGGCCCACGCAUCACCCAGGACGAGCUCGAGGCCGACAUCUCUGCCGCGCUUGCUGCCGAUGCCCACCAUGUCAUUCUUGUGGCUGAGGACAGCUCGCUCGACAACGAGACUUGCGCCGAUCGCUUCGGCUCGUCCGUCGUCGGCUGCGUCAAGGUCGAGAAGCUCGACCGCGUGCCCGAGCCCGACGACGUCGUCGCCGAGGCUGAGGUCGGCCUCUUUGCCGUCGAUCCCACCCUUCAGGGCCGCGGUGCGGGCGGAAUCCUGCUCGCUCAGGCCGAAGCCGCCGCCGUUGAUGUCCUUGGCGCCUCGCAUGCAGUCAUCCACGUCCUCAAUGUCCGCGAUGACAUCCUCGCCUGGUACGAUCGCAAGGGCUACGUCGCCAACGGCAAGACAAUGCCGUUCCCGCCUCCAGGCGUCGCGUCCCGCUCCAAGCUCAAGCCCGCCGCGACGAACGUCCACUUUAUCGAGCUGACUAAGCCGCUGCUGCCGUCAGAGCCUUGA